AUGGCUGUCCACCAGAACCCUGACGAGCUAUUGCGCGCUGUCGAGGCAUCUCAUGAGCAAUACCUGCGUAGCUUGCGCACCCUGCACGAUGCCCUGGCAUCGUCCGUUCGCCAGCGAUCCGAGUUGCGCUCGACAAUCCCUGUCUCGCCUCUGUUGAGACCUGCGAGCAGUCCAGCCUUAAGCCCUCAGCUCCUUGGUGAUGCGACCUUUCCGUCGCAGUCGCCUGGCCCAAGAAGCCGUCGCCCGACUCUCGACCCAAAUGAAAGGCGGCCGCAGUUUCUCAGCAUUGAGAGGAAGCACACCCCAGCCUCGCUGCACUCGGAAUACGAAGUAGAGUUCCUACCGCUCCUCGACCCGGCAGCCCCGCAACGUGGCAAUGGAUACGCUCCUGCUGUGCCUCGGCCCAUCGAACGUCGCUCGUGGACCGACGGCGAGCUGAUGCGGCACCUCAAGCGCACUGAAUUUCACGGCAUGGCUGAGGUGGCCAUCAAGGACAUCUUGGACAAGCAGUCUGAUAUCGAUGAAAAUGGCGACUUUGCCAGCUUUGCCGCCUAUGAGCAUGAGGGCUUCAUCAGCUCGACUCUCGAGCUGUACGACAUUGAUGCCGAUGGACUAGCAACGCCCGUCGGCAGGCAGCCAAACCACCAAACUCCUGGCUUACCCCAGGUCAUCACGCCCAGUCAGAUCGUCGACGCCCCGACAGUCUGGAAUGCCCUCAAAGAGAUUCACAGCAACGGCCAGGCCGUCGGCCUCAUGACGACCCUUCAGGAACCCACGCCUCUCAUGCUUGAAGCGCUUCACCUUACCAUGUCACCAUACUUUGACAUGACAGAGCUGUUGAGACACUUCACCACAGACACAGAGAACAAGGGCAAAACGCGCGCCUAUGUAAACCGCGCCUUUGUCAAGGAUGACACACCAAACAGGGUGCGUCAGCGGUCGGCCUUUUUUGUUUUCAAAUACUACACCGUCGUGGGCGAAGGACUCGAGCCUGCGGCCUGGCAAAAGUACGAUAAGCGGCCAUCGGACGCGCGUUCUCUCGAUCACAUUGACAUUGCUGAGUGCUCGUCCGUCCUGGCCCUUUCGUUGGCCGGCCCGGCGGUACAGUCUGUCAAGAUUUCGAAGCGUCGCGAAGGCCCCCAGGAGGGUCCAGUCUUCGACCCGUUCGCGCCCUGGCACCUCCUGAGCCUCCAGUCGUUCCCGGACGACGAGCACACGGUGCGUUCUGAAGAUGACCUGCCGCGGCGUCGCUUCCCCAGCGGACCGCACGCUUUCCUCGACGCCUUGGCUGCCGAGUACCGCGACGCGACGCGGCGCAACAUCGCCAUCCAUGAACGCAUCACCAAGCUCAUCACGCCGCCAACUGACUUUAUGUUUGACCCGUCACUUCGCGACAAGCUGCUCUUCGAGGACAAGCGGUUCACGUAUAUUCGCCGCUACUUCUGGGCCUACAACACGCUUGGUGUCAUCAACGCCGGCCUGCGCGCCAUGCUCGCUGCCUACGCCGACUCGUUCACAGACGACUUUUGGGCCGGACGCCACUCGGCUGUCUGGCCGCACCCGGACCCCGACGGGCCCGACGCCAUCGCCUGGCGUGAGACCAUGGCCGGCCUGCGCACCGAGCUCGAACGCGCCUGCCGUGAUCUCGAGCACGUGGCCCAGCGCAACACGGCGACGCGCAAGGAAAUCGAGAACCUGCGCGACCAGCUUUUCAGCGGCAGCUCCAUCAAGGAGAGCCGUCGCGCCAUCGAGCAGGGCGACAACAUCAAGAUUCUGACCCUCAGCUCCAUGGUCUUCCUCCCGCUGACGUUUGUGACGCCCCUAGAAGCCAGGAGAACACGGAGGUGGCUUAGCUGGGGUCACGUGGCGCUGGAAGACCCGGCGCCGAUGGCAAGACCGUUGAGGUGA